AUGAGCAAGACAGUGAAAUUCAUUUUGUCUUCUGACCACCUAGUUUCAUUCUGCAAUAUUUUCGAAAAGUCUUCAGAUGAUCACACCAUUAAUUUACUAGAAGUCAAACUUCUAGACCUUAAUGAAAGAUGGGAAGAUUUAGUUUCAGCCUACCAUGAUGCAAUGAUUUCUGAAGAUGUAGGUGUUACAAAAGAGUUUCAAAAUUCUGCUAAAGCAAAAUUUGAAAGUUGUGCAGAAUCGUAUUACAAAUGGAAAUCAAAAAUACUAGACCUAAUAGCAUUGGAAAAAAGUAAAUCUGUGUCCAAUCAACAACUUACGCCUGACAUUCCCCAGCUUGAGCCGCGAUUACCUAAUAUGCCAUGCAUUAAAGUACCGCCAUGUGACACAGAAGAAUUUUACGGUAGUUAUGAGGAUUGGCCAGCUUUCAAAGAUAUGUUUACUGCGGUAUAUAUAAAUCAUCCCAAAUUAACCAAUGCCCAAAAACUUUAUCACUUACGCAAUAAAACGCGAGGUUCUGCAGGCACAAUUGUAAAACGAUAUAGUCUUACCGAUGAAAAUUUCAUCUUAGCUUGGGAAGCGUUAAAGUUAAGGUUUGAAAACAAAUGGUUAUUAGUAGAUAAACAACUACAACUCCUCUUUGGUGUAAAAGUAGCCAACGUAGAUUCAGGGUAUGAAAUACAAAGAAUUCAAACCACUAUUAAUGAUUGUAUUACGAUACUUACUUCGCAAGGAAUAAGCAUAGAUAAUUGGGAUACAAUUCUAAUACAUGUUUGCACCUGGAAACUUCCGGAGGAAACUCAAACUCUUUGGCAACAGGAAAUUGCCAAAAACCCCUUUCCUAGAUGGGAGACAAUGAAUGAGUUCCUCACUUCACGAUAUGAAGUUUUAGAGAGAAUAGAUAGUAUUAGGAAUCCCAAAGUUCAUACCCGUACGCAAGAGAAUCAAGCAAAGUUUAACACUCAACCAAAUAAAAACAAAUUUAACAAUAAUUCUAAUCAGCCACGAUCACAAAACUACUUUACCGAUAAAACUGGUCAGACAGAAUUAAAACAAUGCAAAUUGUGUAAGAAAUCACAUAUUUUACGAUCUUGCCCACAGUUUAAAACAAUGCCUGUCAAUGAAAGGAUCGAUUUUGUGAUAAAAAACAAAAUUUGCGAGAAUUGUCUAUCACCUGUUCAUAAUACAUCUCAGUGUACAAGUACUUAUUUAUGUUUGGUUUGUAGAAACAAGCAUAAUACUUUAAUUCAUUCCGACUCUCAGAACCUAGAUUUUAGCCCCAAUACAUCAGGUACAAACGUAAGAGCACAGGUACAUUUAACACAAUCUCAGGAUGUGGAGAGUGAAGCUAAUUAUUCAGAGGAAGAAAGUUCUCAGGUUCAAACAUAUUUUACUGCUGAUAAGUCACAUACAAUAUUUCCAACAGCACUAAUCAAAAUCAAACAUGAAGGUCAAGAAUUUAUAGCUAGAGCUUUAUUAGAUUUUUGUUCGUCUGGAUCAUUUAUUACAGAAAGGUUACAGGUAAAAUUGAAUCUGACCUGUAAUAAUGUUCGCACUCAUAUUUCUGGAAUGGGCGGUAAUGUGACAAGUACAUCAGAAAAGUUAUGCGCAUUCAAAAUAGUAGAAAGGUUUCACAAGUUGGAAAUCGAUAUUGAAGCCGCGGUUUUGAAAAGGCUUACAAAAUUGCUACCAUCAUAUAAUAUUAAUCAUGAAUAUAUCCAUGGCCUUGCUGAUUUAAGUUUAGCCGAUCCUAAUUGUUUUAUCCCUUCUAAAAUCGAUGUAGUACUAGGUGGUGAGGUAAUUAAUAAAUUAGUCAUUUCCGAAAGUCCAAUAAAGAAGAUCGGACCACUUAUAGGUUUUAGCACUGUAUUUGGGUAG